UGACUGAGAUACCAGUUGAUUGGAAAUGGCUCUGUUUGUGUCAAUCAAAUCAGCAAUCCUCGUGGCUGUGAUCCUACAGGCUAUGUUUGUUGGAUUCAGCACACCAGACACCCCGUCCAACACGAGCCCAACCAACGAGAUGGUUAUUCACGUCCACAGCUGUAAUAAGACGUGCAAUCCGUCAAUGAAUGUGACCUGUUCAAUGAAGGGCUGCAUCUGCGUACUUGUGGACAACGCUACUGAAGGAUAUUGUUACAGCGUGGACUGGAACGCACCGGAUUAUUACGAUUUGCCUUCAAACGAGAGUUUACAGGCGGCGGCGCCACGAUACGACUAGAAAGAUAAAUAAAGAACUCGUUCUCAUCCAAUACA